AUGUCAAUUGAAGACGUCACUCAUGGGGAAUCCCUCACAGAGAGAAUCCAACAUGGGUCAUUGAAAGAAUACCAAAAGAAAUCAAAAGUAUCGGAAGUCGAACAGCUACAGACCACCCAAACCCAACUACUUGACCAACAAAGAAAAACCGUGGUGGAAGGUUUGCUUGCCGAUAACCGGCUAAGAUUGGUGGAUAUCCCCCAAGUGAUUGUCAACAAUAGUGAAUAUUAUCGGACAACUUUUCUUAAUCAACAACUCUCACCACUUCUUACCAACGGCAAUAGGCUCACUAUUGAAGAUUUUUUACAAAAAGUCGAUUUGGUGACGAAAAAUCUCGUUAACUGUACUAAUACCGAGAAUUUGCUCGUGAAUAUCGAAGCAUUACCAAAACAACAAACGUUUUGGGCCAACAACGAUCGUGAAUCAAUCAGUCUUAUACCAGUGUUCAAUUUAUUACCGGUGAAACGGUUUUUCGCAAAAACCGGGACUUCGGUAGGUAACGGUGAAGGUAAUGGGUAUAUUACUCUACAACUACGAAAUUUCUUGAAAGGGGGAGAAAAUUUGAUCUUCGACGCCACCAUCGGGACCCGUACCAGAACCUCAUAUUUGCUCAAUUUGAACUUCCCAAUUAACAACAAUGCGUUUUUAAGAUCGGAGAACUUGGCGUUCAUGAACAGUAGAAAGAUCGAAUGGGCAUCGCAUGAUCAAAUCCUUAAAGGGAUUUCUAACAAAAUUAUUAAAUACGGGAUCGGUAAUAUCAACGAUCCUAAGAAUUUCCACGAGCAAUUCACCCAAGAAUGGUCGUUUGAAAACGUUUGGCGCUCGGUGGCGGUGCUUGAUAAAGCGGCGUCUGAUGCGGUGUUAUUGAAUUGUGGUGACGAUUUCAAAUCAUCGUUCUUGUAUAAUAUCAAGUACGAUGAUCGAGAAAACAAAAUGUUGGCGCAAUCGGGGAAGAUGUGGAAAUUCCAAGUGGAAUACGCUCCGUCGUUUUUCCGGGCGUACCAACACUCGAAUUUCUUGAAAUAUUCGUUUGAAUCGGUAUUUGCCCAGCCGUUGACCAACCGGACAUUUUGCAAUUUCUCAUUCCGCGGUGGGAUGCUUCAGAAUCUUAGCAGUUUUGGGUAUUGUAACAUCAUGGAUAAGUUUAAUAUUGGUGGUCCCACCGAUGUUAGAGGGUUCAAUUAUAAUGGAUUAGGACCUCGGGCUGCCACGACUCUGCUGAAUAAGAAUUUCGGAACCAGCAUGGGUGACCGAGUGGGUGGCGAUUUCUAUUAUUCCACAGGGUUGAGUUUGUUCACCACCAUUCCUAAAAUUGCUCCGACUAGCGAGCAUAAUUUGAAGUUCCAUUCAUUUGUCAAUGCCGGGAAGCUUGUGAAUUUGAAUGGGGAAAAUAAUGGUGGUGUCAAGGAUUUAUUGAAGGAGCCAUCGGUAUCCAUUGGGUGUGGGUUGUUGUACAAUCACCCAGCAGCAAGGUUUGAGUUGAAUUUCACGUUGCCGGUGACAGCACAUGAAUCGGAUGCCAUGAGAAAAGGGAUUCAGUAUGGUAUAGGGUUGUCGUUUUUGUAA